AUGAUUCUCACCUUUGCACAGCUAAUCAAGGCCCACCAGGUGGUGCUAUCAACCAUCAGUUACAUUGGCUGCUCCAUUUCUAUCUUCUGUCUGACCAUCACACUGGUGACAUUUGCAAUCUUGUCGUGAGUAUCCCUCCAUCUUUAUUGUUCACUGACUCAAUCAAAAUAAACGUAUCAAAGCACCUCACAUGUGCUGUGUGCCACACAUGCUCUUUAUGAGUGGUAUUCGCCCCAUUAUGAUUAAAUGUUAUAUAAAAUGUAUUUUAUACAUUUCUUGUAGUAUUCAAUGUUUUUAUUUGUGUCUGGCCUUGCAGGUCAGUGAGCACUAUCCGUAACCAACGCUACCACAUCCAUGCCAACCUGUCCUUUGCGAUCCUGGUGGCCCAGAUCCUGCUGCUCAUCAGCUUCCGCUUUGACCCAGGCACGGUAAGCACCUCAUAACCGAAGUCAGAGUAUCACAUUGGCUAGAACCAGGAAGUGAUUUGCACUUACUGUAUGGUGAUGAUGAAGAAGAGGAGGCAGAGCGUGCCGACAUAGAUAAUGAUGCACCCUGUGCCCUAGUUUUAACCUCUCUCCUCCCAGCUGCUCUGUAAGGUGAUGGCUGUGCUGCUCCACUUCUUCUUCCUGAGUGCAUUUGCCUGGAUGCUGGUGGAGGGCCUGCACCUCUACAGCAUGGUCAUCAAGGUUUUCGGCUCCGAGGGCAGCAAGCAUUUCUACUACUAUGGGAUUGGCUGGGGUACGUCUUGUAACUGUUUUAAUGGUCCUUUUUAGGCACAAAUGUCUUAAUGAUCCACGUGCUUUUAUUCCUCUCAAACUGGAUCAAUCUGUUUUCCACGUACACCUGCAGCUACAUGCAACAAUAUGCUGCGCUUCAAAAGACUGAUCAUGAACAACGUUUCCCACAAUUAAAAUGUUGACCUUUUAGGUCUGGUUUUAGCAGACCUCUAGUUUGGCCUUCAGACUUCCCAGGUCUCUGUUGGCCAGAGUGGACAGACAGACAGGAGAAUGUGGGUGCGUGUGUGUUUGUGUGUGUGUGUGUGUGUGUGUGUGUGUGUGCGUGUGUGCGUGUGGCGUGCGUUUCUUUUAGCUGUCUGGGAACACUGGGCCUACUCCACAUGCUGGAGUGAUUAUUAGAAAUAAGAUCCAAUUUGUAUCAUUUCCUAUGUUGUUGGCCGAAGUAAUGCUGCGAUUUGUGGCCAACAGCAAAUUAAGUAGUGCAGAUGUGUCCUGCUGCUGGAAUUAUAGCUGUUAGGACAUCUAAGUAAUUUACAGCUCCUGUUAUUAGCAGUGAAAACAGGCUUCUGACCCUUUAUUCUUAAUUUCCUCUUUUACCGUAACAGUUUAAUUGUUCUGUGCUGGGGAAGUCUGUAAAUCUCUGUGGACUUAGCAACUUAUUAAAACAGAUGAAAACAUGACCAAGACUUGAACCAUGUUGGUGGAAAUUAACAAUGAAAAAAUACCUCAGAAAUCUCUCAUAAAAAAAACAUCCGGUGUCCUCUACUGUCGGUCUCGCUAACUUUCAUCUCAUACUCCUUGCCAAACCUGAUUUGGAAAACAUUAGACUGAAGUGUCACGAUCGUCGAACAGAGAUGAGGACCAAGGCGCAGCGUUAGAGGCAAACAUACUCUUUAAUAGAGACACGAUCAAAACCAACAAAACGAAAACGUGACAGUUCACGGUCUAACACAACAGACUAGAAAAAGAUCCCACAAACUCUGUGGGGAAACAGGCUGCUAAAGUAUGGUUCUCAAUCAGAGACAACAAGCAACAGCUGAAUCACGUUGCCUCUGAUUGAGAACCACACUGGCCAACAUAGACAAACACUACUAGAAUGUGAAACCUAGAACAAAACACAUAUACUUUACACACCCUGGCUCAACAUAUUAGAGUCCCCAGAGCCAGGGCGUGACAGUACCCCCCCCUAAAGGCGCGGACUCCGACCGCGCCCACCAAAUACCACAGGGGAGGGACCGGGUGGGCACUCCGCUUAGGCGGCGGAUCCGGCUCCGGGCCUGAUCCCCGCUCCCUCUCCAACCCCCCAAAGUACCCCUGGUCCGGUCUGGCCCCGCUGGCCGGAGCUGGACUGCACACUGGUGGAGCGGAUUGCUCUAGCUCCGGCGUGAAGCAUCUGACCGGUGCCGGACCAGCCACCAGUGGAACAGGCACGGGCCAUGCCGGACUGACGACGCACACCACUGGCUUGGUGUGGGGAGCAGGAGCGGGCCGAGCCGGCCUGACGAAACGCACCACUGACUUGGUGCGGGGAGCAGGAGCGGGCCGGACCGGGCUGACGAAGCGCACCACUGACUUGGUGCGGGGAGCAGGAACGGGCCGAGCCGGGCUGACGAAACGCACCACUGACUUGGUGCGGGGAGCAGGAGCGGGCCGAGCCGGGCUGACGAAACGCACCACUGACUUGGUGCGGGGAGCAGGAGCGGGCCGGACCGGGCUGACGAAACGCACCACUGACUUGGUGCGGGGAGCAGGAACGGGCCGAGCCGGGCUGACGAAACGCACCACUGACUUGGUGCGGGGAGCAGGAGCGGGCCGGACCGGGCUGACGAAGCGCACCACUGACUUGGUGCGGGGAGCAGGAGCGGGCCGGACCGGGCUGACGAAGCGCACCACAGGCUUGGUGCGGGGAGCAGGAACAGGCCGGGCCAAGCUGGCGACGCGCACCGUAGACUUGGUGCGAGUUGCAGGAACAGGCCGGACCGUACUGGGAACACACACCACUGGCCCUACGUGGGGAUCAGGAACAGGCCGGACCGGACUGGCAACACACCCCAGUACCUCUCGCCGUGCCUCUACACCUUCCAUCCCCUCUUCGACCAGUGGCCCCCGUAACCUGGCGGCCUCCUCUGCCAACCCGCUGGGCCGCUCUAUCGCGGCCUCCUGCUGCCCCGACGUCGUGAGCCCCCCCCUAAAAAAAUUUCUGGGAGUCUCUCUUCCCCGUGGGCCAGGCCUCUAUGGUUCUCGCCCAACUCUCGCUCUUCUGCUUCCAAUUCCCGCCAUUCAGCUCCUCAUUCGGCUUGACCCAGUCGAAGCUCUUCCUCCACUGUUCCCAAGUCCACCCUCUCUGCACCUCACUAGGCUGCUUGGUCCAGUUCUGGUGGGAUCUUCUGUCACGAUCGUCGAACAGAGAUGAGGACCAAGGCGCAGCGUUGCAGGCAAACAUACUCUUUAAUAGAGACACGAUCAAAACGAAAACGUGACAGUUCACGGUCUAACACAACAGACUAGAAACAAGAUCCCACAAACUCUGUGGGGAAACAGGCUGCUAAAGUAUGGUUCUCAAUCAGAGACAACAAGCAACAGCUGAAUCACGUUGCCUCUGAUUGAGAACCACACUGGCCAACAUAGACAAACAAUACUAGAAUGUGAAACCUAGAACAAAACACAUAUACUUUACACACCCUGGCUCAACAUAUUAGAGUCCCCAGAGCCAGGGCGUGACAUGAAGUCAAUACUGUAUAAGGAAGCAUAUACUGAACAAUGUAAUGUUAGAGAUGUCAUGAUGUGUGUGAUAUAUUUUUAUCUGGUAACUAACAUGUCCUCUCUUCUCCCAGGGUCUCCACUGGUGAUAUGUGUGGUUUCUAUGACAUCAGCCUUGGACAGCUAUGGAGAGGUUGGGAAGUAAGUCACUGAGUCAACAGACUCCAACCUGGACAUUCAAAACCACUUGGCAGCACUCUGUGCCAUUGGAUAAAGUUAAAUUAUCAAUACUGGUGCCAUGAAACUGCUAUGAAUUUAGAGAUAUUUAUCUAGGCAUAUUUAUGUAUAAGUAGUUUACACCAACAGAGUAAACAGAGAUGGGAAGUAUAAUGUGAGGGAUGUCGACUAAUCUUGUUCUCUCUCUCCUCCCUCCCUCAGCUGCUGGCUGUCCUUGAAGAACGGGGCUAUUUGGGCGUUUGUGGCACCAGCACUGUUUGUCAUUGUGGUAAGAGAACUGAAGAAAUCAUAUUUCCGUUCUUGUCACUUUACAAUUUACAGCUAAUUAAUCACUGGAGCUCAAGCUUUUUGUUCAUAAAAGUGAUAUAUAGACAUUAACUGAUAUGUGUUGUUUUCUCUCUGACUCAGGUGAAUAUUGUGAUUCUUAUAUCUGUGACGAGGAUCAUCUCUCGUAUUAGUUCAGAGAAUUACAAGGUUCAUGGCGAUGCCAACGCAGUCAAGUGAGUCAUCAUCUCUGUUCUUAGGGCUAAAACCAUCAUGGUGAUGAUGCUAUCCAAACUCUGACUCAGUCAGACUGACAUUAAUACACUACUUAUUACAGUACAUAGUUUAUAGAUAGCUGACAUUUAGUGUGUAUGUGUCUCUCUGUGUGUAUAGACUGACUGCAAAGGCAGUGGCUGUACUCCUUCCUAUUCUGGGCAUCUCCUGGAUCUUUGGGGUACUGGCCAUCAACGAUCAUGCACUGAUGUUCCAGUACAUGUUUGCUGUGUUCAACUCAUUACAGGUAAGUAGCAUACUGUAAAUGUGCCAUUAUGCAAUCUAAUACAUUUAAUAAAAUGUGUCUUUAUCAAUAGCCUUUAUUUACAGUAAUUGACUACAAUCAUGUGGAUUUUUCUUUCUAAAGGGAUUCUUUAUCUUCCUGUUCCAUUGUCUUCUCAACUCUGAGGUAAGGCACACCCCUCAUGUUGUUAUAGUGUUGAUAUAGUUUGUGUUUUGUUUCUAAUAUGUCUGGGGUGAAUAAUGAAACAUUGCAUCUGUUAUUUGUCGUACUCAUGGUUGUGCUGUUUUGUGGUAGGUCAGAGCUGCCUUUAAGCACAAAACCAAGGUGUGGUCUCUAACCAGCAGCUCCAUUCGCAACAUCAAUGUGAAACCCUUCAAUUCUGACGUUGUGAGUACCAAGGUAGAGGGGUCUAAUUGGCUAAGGAGAAAGAAGUGAAUUCAACGUAUAACUUUGAAUGUGAGAUGAAGCGUGUGCUCUCCUUUUUCUCUUAUAGAUGAAUGGAAACAGGGGAGGCGUGAGCCCCACAAAGAUGAACACAUGGGACAAAAGCACCAACUCAGCCAAUCGGAUCGACCUCUCUGCUGUCUAA